AUGUUCCGCGAAAAACACGAGAGGAAAGCAAGGACGAUGAAAUGUGAUUCAUCUGAUGAUAGAAAAUCCACAAUAAAUGACCAGCAACACCAAAUAAUGCUACAAAUAAAACUAAAACAUCAACAAGAGACAAAGCACAAUGAAAAAAUCUCUUCCGAUGAAUUUUUCUCCCCGUUCUUAUUUUGA